GUGUGUUGAGUUUUAAGGUCACAACACUCAGAGAGUUCUUCAUUUAACAUUAGACCCCAGAACAGUGCUUUAGGUCGAGGAUUUAAUAGACUAAAGCUACAGGUUUAGAUAAAUUAAAUCACUCUGUCGGGGGGAAAAAAAACAGUACCUGGACUAUUUCUUGGAUUGGAUUACCUGAAAUCUCUCUUGAAGUGCCAGUAUCUUCCUUACCUACAAGAGUGGAGGGCUGACAACAGAAUGGCAGUGAUCCUGUGGAUGAUGAGUCUCUCUCUGCUGAUGCACGGCUGCCUGUGCAGCCCUGGACUGAUUACAGGCGGCUGCCUGAGGUGGACACCAAGUGGACAAGAAGUCUGCUGUGAAGCCUGUCAUCCAGGACACCGCCUCGUCAAAAAAUGCGGUCUAGACCCAAAAGAACUUUGCACACCUUGUGAAUCCGGGAAAUUCAUUCUGAACCCCAAAGCCGAAAGGUGUACCUUGUGUACCCAGUGCAUAGACGCUCAAGUCUUGGUGAAAAACUGCACAGCCACAAGUGAUACAAUGUGUGGCUGUAGAAAAGGACUCAUCUGUGGGGAUGCUGACUGCAACUUCUGUGUGGAGCCGUGUGGCAAAGGCCAAGAACCUUCUGGUCGUUCUUGCAAAGCAUGUCCACAUGGAACCUUCAAUGACAAAAUGAACUCAAAGUGUAAACCCUGGAGCACCAAGUGCCCCAAACCAAACCAAAAAAUUGAAGUGGAAGGAGAUGCGUUUAAUGACAUUAAGUGUGGUAAUGCUUCGAUUCCCACAGUGAUCCACUCAAAGAAACCUGCAGAUGACACAGAACAGGCCUGGCCAAUGGUGUUAUCUGCAGUGACCAGUGUAGUUUUGAUGGCCUUCAGCAUCAUCGUCAUCAUCAUAGCGGCUAUGAAAAUCCUCAAGAAACGAAAGAAGGUUGACAAGCCAAUCAAAAAAACACCCGUAAUUAGAACCCCUACAGAUGAUCCCAGGACUUUAAUUGCAAUAGAGUGCAGUUUCCAUGAGGCUCAGCAAGAACAGGGCAGCAGCUCUGAGUCACUCAACUCCAAGGACUCCUCAGAGCAGCUCAUUGCAUGAAUGGACGAGGCUGGAGAGUCACACUGUAAUACUUUUUGAGGUGUUGCUGAAGUCUGAUACCCCAGAGGAAAUGGAAUUUGUCUUUGUGAUACUGAGCCACUAGAUUGAAGGAUGUCUUUGUUGAACAAACGAGUUUGGUUCUAAAUGACAAAUAGGACACUGUGUUAAACCAACUGGCUUUUUGUUUUGUUUUGUUUGUUUUAUGAGACCAGCCCAAAAAUCUAGAAAGAUCAGGAUAGAGGUAACAUUUUGCUUAACAAUUACACCAGGAUACAGAUACAGUGAGCCUUUGAUGGUUCAAUGAGUAAACAUACACGUGAGAUGAAGGGGAAUUCUCAGAGGGGAAAAGACAACAUGGGCUUGACAAUAGCUUUUAUUAUCAUCUAAGUAAUAGCACGCAACAAGGCUGCGUUUUUGUGUUUAACUUUCAGUUUACUUUGAAGGAUAAAACGUUCCUGGACUAACAAUGGAAAGCUUAAAAUCAUUAGACCAAGUUUGUCAUUUAAUGGUAAAACAACAUACCUCACAUUUAAGAUCUGUAAAACCACUGGAAGUCAUUUAUUUUUUACUUUUAAACUAUGUUGAAACUUUUUUUUGGACUUGUGUGACAUAAUACUGUAGAACCAAAGAGUGUGAAUGAGUUUCAUGCUGUGAUAUUUGCAUGUGUGAGUGGUAAAACUGCUGAAUGUUACUCAGUGUGAAAGUACAGUGCAGGUGGGUGUUCAGCUGGGUGUAAAAAAAAGGUCUGUCAGCAGACGGUUUUUAGUCUCAUCUAAUUCUGAGCCCACAUAUGCCUCCCAAAAUAGAUGUCUGAUUUUACAAAGGUUCCAGUGACCUGCUGGAGGUAACUGGUGUUUACUGCUGAACUUCUAAGUAUGUGACCUUAGUCAUGUUGCAGCAACUAGAUAAGACUAGAUAAGACAGUACUGUUUAAAUAAGGUUUUUAUCAGGUUAAGCUACAUCUCAGAAAUGUAUUUUUUUUUUGUUAUUAUUUAUCUAUGAAUGGUUGUACUUGUAAUGAAAUGUGAAAAUGAUAGCGUAGAUUACUAUAAUAGUGAAGGUAGAAUGGGACACAGCCUCUUUCACUCCACUUAACAUUACCAGGAACUACAUGGACUUUCCUACAUUUGCUUAAACAGUCAUAAAAAAGUCCACUGAAGGGAGUUUCCCUCCAUCAAUAGGUAAUCCUACAAUAUAUGCUACAGUUCUGGGGAGCCUACAGGCUAAUAAAAAAAAUAGUCUGGAUUUUCACAGAAUGGUUGUGGCUUUUAAUGACACACAAAGACUGGGUAGGCUUCAGUAGUACUCACUGAGCAAGCUGAGACAUGCCUCUGGAGCACCAGUUUGUCGCAAUGGGUUUCCCAAGAGGAAUUUUUAUUGGUUGAAAUGUCAAGCGUCAUGCAAUCAUGCAAUCAUGCACGUGCACAGAUUGUCGAGUUUCCUGUUCAGUUGGGAAACAAAUAUGAUAAGCAGCUAGCCGGUGAUACAUAUCACAAAAAUUUGAUUCGGGGUCAUGUGGAAAACCCCCAAGAGUCUUGUACUGAGGGUUACGUUUGCUUAUCUUCUAGUGCAGUGGAGCGGGCAGCAAGAGCAGGACAAAUGUUCUUUUUUAAUGUAUUUCUUUUUUUUUUAUAUAUCUAUAACUGUAGCAGAUGCAUGUUUCUUUGUAAAUGGAACUUUUGAGAAAUACUAGGUGUGGGUUUACAGCGAAAAUGUGAACCCACACUUAUAGUAAUGUGUAUGUAUGAGUCACAACUCCCCCAAAUGCAGUUUGUUGAAAGUUCACUGGUGUUGCUUUGAUAAAAAAGUCAUCACAAUACAGUCAAACAAUAGUCACACAGCAACAUAUUAGAACUGUAGCACUUUAUUUCACCAGGCAACUGUUACCUAAUUAGUAUGAUGCACUUCUGGAUUUAACUUUCUGUUAUAUGUUUUUGAUAUAUUUUACUAACUGGGACUGUACUGAAUGCAUUCUUUUAAACUGUACUUUUGACAUUUUUAAACACGCAAUAAAAAAAACAUACACAUAUAUUUUUUUAUUUGUUGCAUUUUUUAAAGAAUAGCUGCAUUCAUAGUGGCCUAACUAGACAGUGGCAUAUUGCAUUUAUAAAAAAAAAAAAAAAAGAUAACCCAAAAAA